AAAGACUAAUAAGGAUAAUAAGGAUAUGGUUGGUUUGAGGGAAGAGAAGGAAAGGGAUGAAUUUUUUGUCUAAUCAAAUGGUAACAUUAAAAUGUCAUAAUUUGAUUAGUUAAAAAGCUCAUCUCUUCCCUCCAAUCUAUUUUUCUUUAUUUCCCUUAAACCAAACAUACUCAAAAAGAGGCGAAUAGGUUUCAUGGAAAUAUGCCAUCAAAGUUUCCAAAGGGGUGCAUAAUACAAAAUUUCAAUUUGCAUGGAAAUCAAAUGGAGGGCUUAUUACCUAGAUCCUUGGUGAAUUGUAGGAUGUUGGAGGUUCUAGACAUCGGCAACAACAACAUAAAGGAUAGAUUCCCCUAUUGGUUGGAAUCACUUCCCAAGCUACAAGUGCUUGUUUUGAGGUCAAACAAAUUUUAUGGUUUUGUGCAUAACACCAAAGCAAAUUCAUCUUUCACCAAGUUACGGGUUUUGGACCUAUCUAACAAUAAUUUUGCCGGUCCUUUGCCUGUGCACUACAUUGAAAAUCUCAAAGCUAUGGUAAAUGCUCAAAAAGUUGGCAACAACUCCACACAAUACAUGGGGGGAAGAUUUUCAUAUGAAUAUUCACUAAUGGUGACGAUGAAAGGAUUUAUUAUCGAACUGGAAAAAGUUUUGACCAUAUUUACAAGCUUUGAUCUCUCAAAAAACAAGUUUGCUGGAGAGAUACCGAAAGUUAUUGGGAAGCUUAGUUCUCUCAAAGGACUUAAUCUUUCCCAUAACAACCUUAAUGGUUGUAUCCCACAUUCACUUGGGAACUUGACCAAUCUUGAAUGGUUGGACUUAUCUUCCAAUGAACUAGUUGGGGAAAUUCCACAGGAGUUGGUAUCUUUAACAUCACUUUCUGUUCUAGACCUUUCCAACAAUCAACUGGACGGAUGUAUACCACAAGGUAAUCAAUUCAACACCUUUGAAGACAGUUCGUAUGAGGGAAACCCUAGGUUAUAUGGAUUUCCAUUAACAAAAUCUUGUGAUGGUAAUGGAAAUGGGACGCUGCAACAACCACUAGGCUCCUUCCAAGGAAAAGAUCAUGAGUUAUGGGAAUUUGGUUGGAGAGUUGUGCUGCUAGGGUAUGGAUGUGGAUUGGUGUUUGGACUACUAAUGGGGUAUUUUGCCUUCCAAACUGGAAAACCAAAAUGGUUUGUGACUUUUUUUGCUAGCCAACAUAAUCAAAAAGCAAGGAAUGUGAAGAAAGCUUGAACAUGUGUUCAAAGAAGAACUUAAUUGCAGAUUUGGUGACUAAGACCUCAGUGUUUCCUAAAUGUUCUUGUUUUGAUUGAAUUGUGUUUUUUUAUGACAUACAUUACCUUAUCAUCUUCUCUAUGUACUUUGUAAUUCUCUAUCUUUUUUAGAAAUAUGUUUAAAAGGUAAGCUCAAUGUAAUUAGUGUUGAAUACAAUAAACUUAAAUAAAUUUC